UUAACACUUUCAAUACCAUAAACCCUCAAAUUACUUUCUAUUUUUUCUCCAAAAAUAUCAAAAAGCAUAAAGAUAUAAAAACAAAGCCGGCAUCUUGUUUUUCCGAUUGCUGAGAUUGAUCAAAAUUUGCUCUGUUUAAGGCUAAGUUAACCAUUUUACGCCGGAAUCUUGAUUUCCCGGUGAACUUUCUUUAAAGGAUACAACAAAAUGCUUUAUAAAUGAGAUUCAUUUUACGAAAAUUCAUUAGCUUUUUCUGAGUUUCUUCAAAUUUAUCAAGGACCCAAAAAGAAAAAAAAAUUGUUCUUGUAUGGGUAAGUUGAAGUUACUAAUUUCGAUUUUGAUUUUCGUUUUAACGGCGAUGGUUGCCGGAGUUCCGGCGACGCCGGCGAGUAAAGGAGUGCACAGAAAUGCCUAUGCUACCAUGAUGUAUAUGGGUACACCAAGAGAUUAUGAAUUCUACGUCGCGACACGUGUCAUGCUACGAUCACUUUCCCGGCUCGGCGUCGACGCCGAUCUCGUCGUUAUUGCUUCUCUCGAUGUUCCUCUUCAUUGGGUCCGAACUCUAGAGCAGGAAGAUGGUGCAAAGGUAGUGAGAGUUGAAAAUUUGAACAAUCCAUACAAAGGGCAAUCCAAUUUUAACUUGAGAUUCAAGUUAACGAUGAACAAGCUUUACGCGUGGAGCUUAACAGAUUACGAAAGAGUCAUCAUGCUUGAUGCAGACAACCUUUUCCUCCAGAAAACAGAUGAAUUGUUCCAAUGUGGACAAUUUUGUGCAGUAUUCAUUAACCCCUGCAUGUUCCAUACUGGCCUCUUUGUAUUGCAGCCAUCAACAAUUGUAUUCAAGGACAUGCUUCAUCAGCUUAAGGUUGGAAUGGACAAUGCAGAUGGCGCGGAUCAAGGUUUUAUUGGAGCAUACUUCCCUGAUUUGCUUGAUCAGCCAAUGUUUCAUCCUUCCCUUAAUGGUACUAAGCUCCAGGGGAAUUAUCGACUACCUCUAGGUUACCAAAUGGACGCCUCUUAUUAUUAUCUCAGGCUUCAUUGGUCGGUACCAUGUGGACCUAAUAGUGUCAUUACUUUCCCCGGUGCACCAUGGUUAAAGCCGUGGUAUUGGUGGUCGUGGCCUGUUCUUCCUUUGGGCAUCGAGUGGCAUGAACAACGACUUCAAACUCUAGGGUAUGAUGCAGAGAGGCCACUAGUACUGAUCCAAUCUGUACUAUACUUUGGAAUAAUUGUAAUGACACGCGUAGCACGUCCCAACUUAUCUAAGUUGUGCUAUAGACGUGAAAACACCAAGAGCAUCUUCCUAAUACGAUCUGGCCAAAAGCUGAUCGCGUUAUGGUCCAUUGUUGCAGCCUACAUUAUCCCUUUCUUCUUGAUACCUCACACGGUUCAUCCUCUCAUCGGUUGGGGUCUCUACUUACUAGGCUCUUUCGCGUUAUCAUGUAUAGCAAUGAACACAUUCUUGUUGCCAAUGCUGCCUGUUCUCGUGCCAUGGCUAGGCAUAUUCGGGGUACUUUUGGUCAUGGCUUAUCCUUGGUAUUCUGAUGGUAUUGUAAGAGCAUUGGCUGUAUUUGCCUACGCGUUUUGCGCGUCCCCCGUGGCAUGGACAGCAUUGGUGAAGAUAAUGUCUUGUCUUAAUGUUUCACUUGAGAGAGAAGGGUUCUUGCCUAGGUUGAGUGAAUCUGCUGCACCUGCUGGUUUCAACAAGUUGUAUUGAUGAAAUGGAAAAUUUGUUAGGUGAUGAUAUUGAAAGGGGGAUAUUUUUUUUCUUGGGAAGUGUGCUUGUGCUCUUAUACAAGCAAAAGAAAUUCUUUGAUAUGUUACAAAAUUCUUAUAUGAACUAUUAGACAAUGUAAAAAUGGGAUGAACUUGUUGUAAGUAUGUGUUAUACUUGGAAAUUAGCCAAACAAAAUUCAGAAUUUUCACCCAUUGUUACCA